CCCCCGCCCUCCGCGCCAUGGGGUCCCCGGCGGGCGCCUCGGCGGCGGCGGCCACCGACUCGGCCCAGUGGCUGUCGGUGAAGGAGGAGACCAUCUUCCUGCACGACGGGCUGAUCCGGGUCACCGACCUGGCCGAGCUGCCCAGCGAGAUCAUCGGGGUGGCCGAGCCCGGCGACACCGAGCUGGAGAUAUUAUCAUUUGAGACCAAGAACCCGACGGAGCUGGCUGAGCGCUUACGGUCUGUGUGUGGAAACCAGAGCAAUGCCUACGCUCGGCUGCUGGAGUAUCGCCUCAACGCUCUGCGGGGACUCUGGAACGCCCAGCGCCAGCUCGCCUUGGAGGAGCAGCACGACCGGGAGGCCUCGGGUGAUGAAGAAGCACUGGCCUUGCUCAAGCGUCAAGGUUUAUUACAGCAGCCUGAACAGGCACCGUUUACUUCCCGGAUGGGGCUUCUCUUGGUCUUUCCCCUCAUUCAGUCUCAAAGUAGAACAGACCCCUCUCUCUGUAACAUAACCGCUGAGGUGCUAUUGAAUUGCCUUCGAGACUGCCAGCCUUUGAGUUUGACUAAGGAACCAGCUGACUGUCUCAAUGGGAUAGAGUCUUUGCUGUGCUCCUGGCUGGAAGACACUUCUGCUUCGGGCCAACAGAUUCCAUAUAAGCAAAGAGAAAAUGCUGCUGCCGCCCUAGUUGCCUUGGCUUGUGCAAGAGGGUCGCUGAAAACCUUUGUUCAUACAGUGCAUCUAUUACAGAAACAGACGGAUCUAGGAUCCUUGCCUGUGGCUGAUGUGUUAUACAGGUUGCUGCUUUUGGAGGGAGGACCUGGAUCACCCUCUUGUUUGCUUGGAGGAAAGCAUAUAGUGUCUUGGGGCUUUGAAGACAUGUUACCUGCACCUGAUGCCAACACUAGUUCCAGCAGUGAAAAUAAAGAUGCAGACUUGGGGCGCUGUCUUGCAGCAGAUGGGCUCUAUCUUUACACAACAAAUUCAGUGGGCAGAGGAAUAAGCAAAUUAGGAUCUGGAUUACAUGGUACUUUGCGAGGUUUUGUGUACUGCCGUAAUGAGGAGCUGGAGGCUGGCUGGGUUGCUUUUGGCAACGGCAAACUUCUCCAUCGGCCCGUCUCUUUUGAUAAUAAGCCUCACUCCCUUUUCCAGGUUGUGGAUCAGCAUACCCUUCAGGUCUGUCAGAUAAUCCCAAUGCCGGUAAAUCACUUCCCGGUUGGCAGUACGAUGACUACCGUGCAUCUUUCUUCAGAUGGUACAUAUUUCUACUGGAUUUGGUCUCCUGCCAGCCUCAACGAAAAAACACCAAAAGGCCACUCUGUUUUUAUGGAUAUUUUUGAACUUAUAGUUGAAAACGGUGUAUGUAUAGCAAAUCCUCUACAGGAACGAAUUAUAUUAAUGAGAAAAGAGGGUGAAUCUGCCAAGAGUAUAAACGAGAUGCUUCUGAGUAGGCUGUCGAGGUACAGAGCCUCCCCGUCAGCAACACUGGCUGCUCUCACUGGCUCUACAAUCUCCAAUACACUGAAAGAGGACCAAGCAGCUGCAAACACUAGCUGUGGGCUGCCACUGAAAGUAUUAAGAAAGACUCCAAUAUACACAUGUGGAACGUACCUGGUGAUGUUGGUCCCACCCCCAGGUGGAUCAGGCAGUUCUGCCACACGCUCACUCUUUGGAGGAACAAGUGCUUUGUCGUCUUUAAAAAUUCUUGCUUCAAGCUUGGUGUUCAAUAUUUCGGAUGGGCAGUUCACAAGCCGAGCAGAUCUCAUUGAUGCUGCAGGAAGUUCACUUGGACGUGGUGCUCUAGUUCCAGGACUUGGUGCCUGUUAUGAUACUAUGAAUAACAUGAUAUGGACGUGCUCUAAUGAUUAUAUUGAUCAGUGGUGUAAUCCCGGGAACCAGGCAUUCCAUUGUGUCUGUCAGAGACUGGGAGUGAGUCAUGUCAUUACAGAACCCAAAGGGGAUGCAACAACCACGAAUGAGGUUAUUAACCAGUUACUGCACCAUGUUGGUGCCAUGUGUAUCCACCAACUCAACCUGCUUGCAGCCAGCAACAAUCUUCCCAUAACAAAUUUUUUGGGCAAACAACAUCCAAUUGAAGCCCAUCAUCUCAGCAGUAUUUGUGACAUUAUGGAGAAAGCUAUGGUGAAUGGAGAUACUUGUAUAAUUCGCUGCAUCCUUGUUGUCUUUCAGGUGGUUUUUAAAUUUUUCUUCAGCCCACAAACUGAAAGAAACAGAGAUAUUGUUAGAAGGUCUGGCCUACUGCUUUGGCAGUUACUGAUGGCACCAAGGGAUCAGAUUUGCUCUGAAAUUCAGAAGGAGGUUUGCCUGGCUAUUAGCUCUGGUUUAAAUAUACUGUAUCCUGGUGAAGCAGAAAUCAAUAAUUUAUUGAAAUUGGUCUUAACUGAAGGAGAGAGAAAUAGCGGUCUGUCUCAACUUCGUGACGUUAUCCUGACCAAUUUAGCUGAACAACUUCAGAACAACAGAUUUGGAAGUGAAGAUGAUGAUCAUUAUAGGCUAAAUGAUGAGCUGUUGCACUACAUUCUCAAGAUUGUUGUCCGAGAAUCUUGUGUCUUAAUCACCAAGUGCCAAACUGUAUCUAAAGAUGAUUUUCAAAGGCUUCUUUCAACUGUGCCUGCUGCAUCUUCAUGUUUGCGGUAUCUGAUGGCUGUACAGAACCACCUCCUCAGUAACACUAUUUUGAUUAAACCUGAUGAAAAUGAUGACAGUGACAGCUCCUUGCAGGGAGAGACAUUGAAGGUACAGGAGCUGAAGACCAGCAUUUUGUCUCUUGCUACACAAAUUCUGACAGGAUGCGAUGAAGUCUUAGAAAUGCUGCAACAAGUCACUACAGCACUAAUUAACAGUGACAUUUCUGAUAGAGAGCAAAGAUUAAAAGGCCUGGAGCAAAUUACGAAGGCUACUAUGCUUGGUCAUCUGCUUCCUGUCCUACUGACAUCUCUGAUGCAUCCAAAUUUGCAAACUCUAACUAUGGCUGAUGCCUUGAUGCCUCAGCUUGUGCAGCUGGUUCUUUACACAAGUCAGACUGCUCUGCUGCUUAAAACUCAGUCUCCAGUUUUCUCAGAACUGAACAGUUCCCCCAGUGGGGCAUCAGAGCAGAAAGGGAAGCUGUUACCUGAUGAGAGAAUGCUGGAAGAGAAAGAAGAACCAGGUUUUCUUACUGGUUUAAAGAUCCCUGCUCCCUGGGCUGCUGGGAAGACUGUAGAAACAGUUCACCCCGUCAGGGAUAACUAUAAAUUUAAAGAAACUGUACAUAUUCCAGGAGCCCGCUGUUUAUAUCUUAGAUUUGACAACAGAUGUUCUUCACAAUAUGAUUACGAUAAGUUGGUGAUCUAUGCUGGUCCUAACACAAACAGUAGGAAGGUUGCUGAGUAUGGAGGCAAUACACUGGGAUAUGGCAGCCGUAGUGUCUUAGGAACUGGUUGGCCGAAAGACUUAGUAAAGGUGGAAGGAGAUACAGUCACCUUCUCCUUUGAAAUGCGGAGUGGGCGUGAGCACAACACUCCAGACAAAGCCAUGUGGGGCUUUGCUUGCACUGUCCGAGCACAGGAGUCUUCAGAGGACGUGUCAGGAGGUUUGCCAUUCUUAGUUGACCUGGCACUUGGCCUCUCUGUGUUAGCUUGUUCUAUGCUGCGAAUAUUAUACAAUGGACCAGAAAUUACCAAAGAUGAAGAAACCUGUCAAGAGCUCUUAAGAUCUAAACUAUUACAAAGGUGCCAGUGGCAGGUGGAAGCAAAUGGUGUAAUAUCUCCAGCCCUUACACCAAGUCCUUCUCCAUUGCCUCUUACUAUAGAUGAAGAUAGAGAAUUUACAUAUCCUUCUGAUGUUCUCGUGCCUCCUGUUGGACACUAUUUUGAUUUGCCUAGGAUUAGGCUGCCUCCAGGAAUCAUGAUAAAACUCAGGGAAAUUUCUGGACGUGCUCGGCCUCAAUUUAGACCCAGUAUAAAGGAAGUGAUUCAGCCAGAAGUAAUGGAGGAGAUGGUAGUUUCAUGUGUGAUUAAACAUUUGAAUUUGGUUGACGCACUCCAGUCCCUGAUAAAUUUCCAGUAUCAGGAAGAACAUGCCGAAGAAUAUGAUUUACUUUGUAAAAUUAUGGGAGAGACUUUUAAGAAGCUAAAUGCCAUGGAGAGACAAUUGCAGAGUGUGGCUGAGCUGGAACAGAAGUGGCAGAGUGAGGUAGAUGACGCCAUGCAUGGGAAGCUGGAGAACAAUAUCCCAUUCUUUUAUGACUAUCACUUCAAUGAGAGCAAGAUGAAAGAACUAGAACUUCUGUGUUCAAUGAAAGAAGUUUCUUUUGACGGAAGCGAUCUGGAGAAUGUGGUCCUGGCAUUAAGGGAGAAGUUUUUUCAAGAGGUGAAUUCACUGAUACAAAAGACUUCUCAUCACUUAUCAAAAACAAAAACAUUAGUUAAGAGCUUGAUGAACAGAGCUGAGCUGUUAUUACACGUCACUAUUGCAGCACAGUCUGGUAUCACAAGAAGUAUAUCUGGCACCCCUGCAGAGACUCCAGCCUGUAAAUCAGCAUCUGAAACAAAAGUCAUCUCUCACGCCGUCCGCCAGCCCGUCUUCCUUCGCAGUAUGUCGGCACCGUCCGACCUAGAAAUGAUUGGCAACGAAGACAUCGAGUUUACUAGAUCGAGUCAAAGGCGCCGCCACGUCACCAGCCACAGAAGCAGCUCUUUCACUCUUCUCCAGUCGCUGACCAUUGAGGACAGCAGAGAUAAACCCACGUACAGCGUCCUGCUGGGGCAGCUCUUUGCUUUCAUCGGAACAAACCCCGACCAAGCGGUAUCCAGUAGCAGUUUCCUGCUGGCAGCUCAGACACGGUGGCGACGUGGGAACACGAGGAAGCAAGCCCUGGUGCACAUGAGGGAGCUGCUGACAGCGGCGGUUCGGGUCGGUGGCGUGACACAUCUUGUAGGCCCAGUGACCAUGGUACUUCAGGGAGGACCCAGAAUUGAAGAGCUCACGUGUGGUGGGAUGGUGGAACAAGUCCAGGAAGCUUUUGGAGAGACCAUGACGUCUGUGGUCUCACUGUGUGCUCGCUACCCCAUUGCUUGUGCAAACAGCAUUGGCCUCUUGUGCACUAUACCUUACACAAGGAGCGAGGAGAAGUGUUUGGUACGGAGUGGCCUGGUACAACUUAUGGACCGGCUUUGCAGUUUAAGCAGCCAGACAGAAUCCAGUUCCAAUGAAAAACAGACAAAGAAACAGAAGGUGGCCACCAUGGCUUGGGCUGCCUUCCAGGUGCUAGCCAAUCGCUGUGUUGAAUGGGAGAAAGAAGAAGGUGGUUCAACAGAAGCUGUUCACUCUGGUCUGGCUCGCCAGGUCUCCAGCCUUCUUACCAACCACCUCGCACGAGCUACGGAGUGUUGUGGGAAUCAAGCUGCAGGAAAUGAUGCGCUUCAAGAUGUUCUCAGUCUUCUUAAUGACCUCUCAAGGAGUCACAUUGGUAAAGCAAUCCUCAGCCAGCCAGCCUGUGUGUCCAAGCUUCUGUCGCUUCUCCUGGAUCAGCGUCCCUCUCCAAAGCUGGUGCUUAUAAUCCUCCAGUUGUGUCGUGCUGCGUUGCCUCUCAUGAGUGUUGAGGACUGUGGAAACGUGGAAUUGCCUCCCUGGAGUUACUCGGUCCCCUCUCUGAACAGUGAACAGGAUGAUCCCAGUGACCCAGCCUCCAAGAUUGCCUCGCUGCUGCUGGCAAAGCUGGCGGAUUAUGUCGUACCAGGGUGCCAGACAGUUCUUUCUCCAACCGCCUCUGAGCCAGAUACUACUUUGGCAAAAGCCAGCCCUAAAAAUUCCAUAAAAGGCGAUAAGGAUCCUGGAGAAGAAAGUGAGGCAGUGGAUGGAAAACUUUCUAUUUUUAUUCAUAAGCGGGAAGACCAGUCAUCCCAUGAAGUCCUUCAGCCAUUGCUAAGUAGCUCAGAAGGUCGUCCAUUCCGACUUGGAACUGGAGCCAAUAUGGAGAAAGUAGUGAAAAUGGAUCGAGACAUGACAAAAAGUGGCUGCUGUGAAGUUAUUACAGAAGAAGCUGCUGCAGCUCUUCGAAAGGCAACUAAGUGGGCACAGUCGGGUCUAAUAGUUAGUGUUGGGCCUCCCAUAGAAACAGUCAAUCCAGAAACUACCAGUGGGUUGUCCACUGGGGACAAAAAGAAGACUGCCCAAACAUCUAUUUGCAGAGAGAGGAAUUCUGAGCUUGCCAGGACGGAUCCUGUGAGGCCGUUCAUUAGUGGUCACGUUGCAAACAGCAUGGCAGCCGAGGUGAUCGCUUUGCUCCAUAGCUUGUUGAUGGCACCCGAAUCAAAUGCAGCUCAGAUAUGGACAACUACUGCUGAAAAGGUUCUGUCUCGGGCUCUGAUGUACAUUCCACAACUUGGGAAAUAUGCAGAGAGCAUUUUGGAGAAUGGGAGUAGCAGUGGAAGGAAACUUGCCAAACUUCAAAGAAUUGCUCGGCAGGCAGUAGCUGCCCUUUGUGCUCUGGGUGGCUUUAAGGAGACCAUUAAAAUAGGUUCUGAAGUUCAGGUUUUAGGUAAAGGAAUAGCAGGAAGUAUUGGAGUUGUGGCAUCUAUUAAUGAACAAGAAGGUAUAGCAACGGUCAAAUUUCCACCUACCAGUAUAGACAGUAGAAAGACCUCACAAGCAUCAGACACAUUAACUAUUCCAUUAUCUAGGCUCUGUGUUCCAAGAUCUGAGGCAUUGCCUCUUCAUAAACUGUCCAUUACUGAGAAGGUAGUACAGGCAGUCCAGUCCAUGUUGCUUCCUCAGGAGGGAAGUCUAUCUAUUCACACCUCACUUCCUGCAACAGGAGAUGGCUCAACUCCAGUAAUGGCAGUGGUGCGGCUUCUUGCUGAAAUAAGAACCAGAGCAUGCCUGGUGAUGGCUCAGCUGUUAGAAGACAGCUCAUUCUGUGAAGAAUUCAUUCAACAGUGUCCAGCUGCUGUAGAAGUUCUUAAUUUGGUAGCGCAGGAGUGUAGCCCUGGGGAGAGGCUCCUUGUUGUAGAAAUGCAAUGUGAAAGGUUACGAAUGUUGUAUCGUGACUGUGCUCGACCUCCCCCUCCUCCACUCCAAGCAGACAGAAGGCAGCCCAAGGAAAUCACUUGGAGCCCAUCAAGAGUGUUUCCCCCCGUGCGAGCGUGUAUGUUCUCAUCCCAUCUCACAGCUGUGACCUUUUUGGCUGAUCCUAGUGCGGGUGGGGGACUCCCUCGGGGCACAUUUAUCUAUGCCACUUCACCAGUUCCAGUCCAGGCACCAUCAUUCUACUGGGAAAUUGAAAUAGUUUCCUAUGGGGAUACAGAUGAUGACACUGGACCCAUAGUUUCGUUUGGAUUUGCUACAGAAGCUGAAAAACGGGAUGGUGCUUGGACAAAUCCAGUGGGGACCUGUCUUUUUCACAACAAUGGGCGAGCAGUGCAUUACAAUGGCUCCAGCUUGCUGCAGUGGAAGAGCGUUCGAUUGGAUGUGACUCUUUCUCCUGGUGAUGUAGCAGGCAUUGGAUGGGAAAGAACAGAAGGAACUCCACCCCCCCCAGGGCAGCCAGCUAAAGGCAGAGUUUAUUUUACGUAUUGUGGGCAGCGACUUGGGCCAUAUCUAGAAGAUGUCUCUGGUGGAAUGUGGCCAGUUGUCCACAUUCAGAAAAAGAACACAAAAGUCCGUGCUAACUUUGGAUCUCGCCAGUUUGCCUAUGCUGAGGGGCAGGCUCACAGGAACGCUGCCGAUCUCUGCAUCGACCUCGCUGAAGAAAUAAGCGCCAACUUUGAAGCGUUGCCUUUCGCUAUGGCUUCUGACAGCGAUAACGACGCUGGCACCAGCAUCGCUUCUGAUCCUGGCACCCACGGACCUCCCUGUAGAAUUGCUGCUGUUGCUACAGCUCAACAACAGUAUGACAGUGACACAUCUUGCCACUAUAAAAUGGAACUGAGCUACGAGAACUUCAUCACAUCAGGCCCCGAUCCCCAUCCCCCUCCUAUUGCGGAUGAUGAGAGUGAUGAUGAUGAUGAUGAUGACAUUCCCCGGGAGGAUCACUAUGCCCUGUUGGUUAAAGCCUGGGAAACUAAAGUUUUCCCUACAAUUAGAAGAAGAUUCCGUAAUGAGGCUGAGAGGAAGUCUGGCUUGGAUCAGAUUAAAGGAGCUUUACAGUUAGGAAUGGUUGAUAUAGCGCGACAAACUGUAGAAUUCCUCUACGAGGAAAAUGGUGGCAUCCCAAGAGACCUCUACCUUCCGACUAUCGAGGAUAUCAAAGAUGAAGCAAACAAAUUUACAAUUGAUAAAGUUCGAAAAGGUCUCACAGUGGUGACUCGCUCUCCUGACAGUAACAACGUUACCAGUAGUGCUGUUGGAACAGCUUUGCCCAAGUUUGCUAUUCGGGGGAUGCUGAAGACAUUUGGUCUUCAUGGUGUCGUCCUGGAUGUUGAUUCAGUAAAUGAAUUGGUACAAGUAGAGACAUACCUCAGAAGUGAAGGAGUCCUGGUACGGUACUGGUAUCCUAUUGACAUGUUGGAAAGGCCACCUGCUGGUUAUAGGAGGACUGCGACAAAUGGACUGGUUACCCUGGAUAAUACCAAUAUCCAAAUUCACAGAGAGCUUUUGCGAAGUGAAGCUUCUCUGGCCAAGCUGUACUGCCGCAUGGCGCUCCUCAACAUUUUUGCCCCCAAAUCUCCACACAUGUUUACUCGCCUCUUUCACAUUCCUGCUAUCCGUGAUAUCACCCUGGAGCACCUGCAGUUGCUCUCCAACCAGCUCCUUGCACCACCUCUUCCUGAUGGAACGAUCAGUUCAAGUUCCAUUCUUCUGGCCCAGUCCCUGCAGCACUGUGUCCAUUCCCAGAACUGCGCUGCCACAGACCUCUUCUACCAGGGCAAUUCACAAGCCAUCAGAGAGUGGCUUACUGUGGCCAUCACUCGGACACUGCAUCAAGGAGAGGAGAGUCUCUUAGACCUCACUAAACAGAUCUGCUCCUUUUUGCAGACGGCACCAGAACAGUUUCCUGCUGAAGAAUUCCCAAUUUCAGAAUCCAAAGUCAAUAUGGAUGUUAAUUUUCCUGGGGCUGCGUUUGUAAUUGUGUCCUGUAAGGAAAGUCAGUCCGGAUUCCGCAAAGAUUCAUCCCUGUAUAAAGCUCCUUGGGCUCGAGUGCUUGUCUAUGGACUGGGGCAUAAAGUGAAAAGGAAUGGUCAGUUAAACCUGAUCGAAGCGGUGUGUUAUCCUCGAGAUGCUUCUCCCACCAACACGGGCCUAACGCCUCCCCCAACAACCAAUCAGUACCCUUCAGUGAUCACCCCUACGGACAAGGUCCACAUCAAACUAGGAGUUUCUCCUCCUCCUGGAGCUGUGUUGGUCCUGCAUUCUCUUCCCCUUGAAUUCCCCCUGGCGAUGGCAUUCACAGAACAGCUGUUAACUUGGAAAUUGGAAGAUGGGGAUGGCAAAUCAGAAGAUGAACUGGAUACAAUUCCUGCUUCAGUUCUCUUGCAAGUAGUGGAAUUUUUAGGGAACUUUCUGUGGACAACUGACAUGGCAGCCUGCGUGAAGGAAUUGAUAUUUCAUCUCUUGGCUGAGUUGCUUCGCAAAAUUCACAAUCUGGAGCAGAAAAAAAAUCCAGCAGGAUUGUCCUCUUCUAUUGCCCUUCAGCUAAAUCCCUGCCUGGCAAUGCUUAUGGCCCUGCAGUCUGAACUUCACAAGUUGUAUGAUGAGGAAACACAAAACUGGGUGUCUGGGAAUGCCUGUGGUGGGUCUGGUGUUGGAGCAGCUGACCAAGGAAGAUUUUCAACAUAUUUUCAUGCUCUGAUGGAAGUCUGCCUGGCUGUAGCAGAAGUAACCCUGCCUAUCAACAUGAGUGUAACAGCUAAUGUGAUGUCUUCAACAAGCGCCCCGAAUCUUAGCGACUCUUCAUCCUCAUCUUCAUCUUCACCGGGACAGACACCACAGAGCCCAAGCUUGCUGUCAAAGAGGAAAAAAGUCAAAAUGAAGAGGGAAAAGACGUCGUCUUCAGGCAAACGUUCUUCAUCCAGAGCAGCUGAAACAGAUGCUGCAAUCCUUAGUAUAGGAGGGAGCAAGCCUGAGGACAUGCUGUGGUUUCAUAGAGCACUGACUCUGCUUAUAAUUCUCAGGCACCUGACUAAAAAGGACCCACAGGGGUUGGGUGUGACAAACGACGCUGUAGCAGACGCGUGUCAAGCACUGGUGGGUCCCACAGCUCACAGCCGCCUGCUCGUCAUUUCUGGAAUACCCACGCACCUGGAGGAGAGCACGGUCAGAAACGCCAUCAGAAAGGCUUGUAAUGCACAUGGAGGAGUCUUCAAGGAUGAGAUCUACAUCCCUUUGCAGGAAGAGGAUCCCAAAAAAAUCAAGGACAAAGCGGAAGGAGGAGAAUGCAGAACUGAGCUGGAAAAGCCAACAGUUUCAAGCAGCGCAGACAGUUUGGAUAUCAGCAGCUCCAGCAGUGUCACGCCUGCCAUGAGUGUGAGUGCUUCAGCAUCCACCAGCCAGGCCUCCCUCUGCAGCUCACAGGGCAUAUCCCGGACCGUUAGCGACAUCUCAGUUGACCAGUAUCAGGCUGGACUGGAACUGGCCAUCCCACCAGGACUGCUAGAACCGCAUGUUGUCUCCAGCCAGGAGAGUUUGGAUCUUUCCCACUGCAGCACUGGGAGCCUCGGCAGCCUCGGCAGCCUUGGGGAACCGCUCGAUAACGUGGAGACAGCGUCCGUGUCUGAUGUUGGAUCCAUGUACACGGUCACAUCUCUGGACAACCAGCCCCUUCUGUCACGGCCCAUCAAAGGUUUUGCUGUAGUGGAGAUAAGGUCAAGAGCUAAAAUAGAGAAAAUCCGAGCCAGUCUAUUUAAUAGUAGUGAUCUCAUUGGUUUGUCGAGUCUGGAUGGGGAAGAUGAACUGAUGGAAAUGUCAACUGAAGAGAUUUUAACUGUUUCUACUGUGAAUCAGAGUUUAUUUGAUACACAAGGGAGCCCAGCACUAGAAGAUUAUUUCAAUGAUAAGUCAAUAAAAGGUGAGAAAUUGGUCCCAGGUGCUCGGGAAGUCCUCACAGAAAUAUUUAAAAGCUGCGUCCAUUCUGAGCAAAUGCUAAGCUUAACUCCAGCGAAACCCAUUAAGGUUGCUGAUAUCUACCUUAGCAAAGAGCAGAUAAAUUCUCAGACUCCUGGAAACCUCCUUCAUCUCUUCUUCACAAACGUCCGUCCUCCAAAGAAGGUGCUAGAGGAUCAGCUUACUCAGAUUUUAAGGAAAUAUGGUGUGCCCAAGCCAAAAUUUGACAAGAGCAAGUACAACAAGGCGGGCAAAGAACAGCAUCCAGUGAAAGUUGUGAGCACCAAGCGCCCAGUUACUAAACCCCCUACAAAGGAGAAGUCUAUGCUCAAUAGUGUCAGCCGAACAGCCUUAAGUGAGAAGAAACCUACUGUAAAGCCAAAAUCUCCUGAGAAGGGCAAACCUGAAGAGAAGGAUCCUGAAAAGUCUCCCACAAAGAAACAGGAAGUUCCUGAAGAGAAGUAUUUGACACUGGAUGGAUUUCAGAGGUUUGUGGUUGACCGAUCUAAACAGGAUAUCCGUAGUGUGUGGAGAGCUAUUCUGUCCUGUGGAUAUGAUCUACAUUUUGAAAGAUGUGCCUGCAUUGAUGCAAGACAUGCUCAAAAAGCCUCCCGCAAAUGGACACUGGAAAUGGAUGUAGCCCUUGUCCAGUACAUUAACCGGCUCUGCCGUCACCUGGCAAUUACACCAGCACGACUCCAUCCCCAUGAAGUCUAUUUGGAUCCAGCUGAUGCAGCAGACCCCAGAAUUUCCUGUCUGUUGAAUGUUCCCGUUGAAAGUCUACGCCUACGUUUUGCACUGCUCCAGUCUCUCAACACAACGUUGGAGACCUUCUUCUUGCCACUGGUGGAGCUUCGGCAGACGGAGAUGUACGCUAAUAGCAUCGCUGCGUUACUGCAGGAGGCCAAAGGUUUAAUCUUUUAUGACACAAAAGUGACUGUGAUGAACAGAGUGCUGAACGCCACUGUCCAAAGAACCGCUGACCACGCGGCCCCAGAAAUCACCCUGGAUCCACUGGAAAUAGUUGGAGGGGAGAUCCGUUCUUCGGAGAACUCCUAUUUCUGCCAGGCAGCGAGGCAGCUGGCCUGCGUGCCCUCCUCCCAGCUCUGCGUCAAACUCGCCAGCGGCGGGGACCCUACCUACGCCUUCAACAUCCGCUUCACCGGGGAGGAGGUUCAUGGAACAAGUGGAUCUUUCCGUCACUUCCUCUGGCAAGUCUGUAAAGAGUUACAGAGCUCCUCGCUCUCCCUUCUCCUGCUGUGCCCGAGCUCUGCAGUGAAUAAGAACAAGGGGAAGUACAUUUUGACGCCGAGCCCGAUAACCUACGCGGAGGAGCAGUUAUUCCAUUUCUUCGGGCAGCUCUUGGGUAUUGCAAUUCGGGCAGAUGUUCCUCUGCCACUUGACCUCCUGCCCUCCUUCUGGAAGACUCUGGUGGGAGAGCCACUGGAUCCGGACGUUGAUCUGCAGGAAGCUGACAUCCUCACCUACAACUACGUCAAAAAAUUUGAAAAUAUAAAUGAUGAGACAGAACUGGAAGCUCUUUGUGCAGAAAUUGCUUCUCAGCAUCUGGCAACAGAGAGCCCCGACUGUCCCAACAAGCCCUGCUGCAAAUUCACCUACCUGACCAUGACGGGGGAGGAAGUGGAGCUCUGUCCCAGGGGCAGGCACAUCCCGGUGGGGUGGGAGAACAAGGACGUGUACGCCGCGGCCAUCCGGAGCUUGAGGAUGCGGGAGCUGCAGACUCCGGAGUGCAUGACUGCCGUGCGUGCUGGCCUUGGCUCCAUCAUCCCCCUCCAGCUUCUGACUACGCUCACCCCUCUGGAGAUGGAGCUGAGGACGUGUGGGCUUCCAUACAUCAACCUGGAGUUCCUCAAGGCACACACCAUGUACCAGGUGGGUCUGAUGGAGACCGAUCAGCACAUCGAGUUCUUCUGGAGCGCGCUGGAGAUGUUCACUCAGGAGGAGCUCUGCAAGUUCAUCAAGUUUGCCUGCAACCAGGAGCGGAUCCCCUUCACCUGCCCUUGCAAAGACGGGGGCCCUGACACCGCCCAUGUCCCGCCGUACCCCAUGAAAAUAGCGCCCCCCGACGGCGCCGCAGGUUCUCCAGACUCCCGGUACAUCCGCGUGGAGACGUGCAUGUUCAUGAUCAAGCUGCCCCAGUACUCCUCGCUGGACAUCAUGCUGGAGAAGCUGCGAUACGCCAUCCACUACCGCGAGGACCCGCUCAGCGGCUGAGGGGGCUGAGGGGAGGCCGAGAGGUGACCGGAUUGUUCCAUGACUCUGCCGACGACAAAACCCUUCGAUUCACAUCAAAAAAUACCUCCUGUAACACUGUGUGACCAGCUGGAGGUUAAUUUAUUUUCUGAACUUGUGUUCCCGUUACAAUAAUUACUGGAAGACUUACAUUUUGUAUUGGUAGACUUCGUGGUGGACUGGUUCUUUUGCUGCCUUGUUUGUGGAAUAUUUGUAGGAUAGUUUAGUAAAGACCAGUUUGUGUAUAAUUUAAUUUUGAAAAACCUUUAAACAUGUACAUUUCUAAUUUUGUAAUUUAGAACGGUAUCACCCAGGCGAACACAACCCGAGAGCGGGGGUCGGGGAGCGCUCGGAGGUGAAGGCUCGUAGAUCGCUCUCCCCUGGAACAUUUUUGAGUACAAAAAUGGCAGGAAUCGGGUGCGGGGGGAGGGAACGGCUGCUGGGCACCCCCAGGACCAGGGCACGCUGCCCCGUCUGUGGCAGGCAGGGGAUGGGGCAGGAUUUCUAGCACUUAAGCUUGAGUUUCAGAGCAGAAAAUGCGCUGCCAAACUGCAUGUUUACGUUCCCACCAUUUUCCUGUAACUUUUUAAACUAGAAGCAAGCACACGGGGAGCCACCACCGUUAAUUUGGGGUUUCAGCACGACACUUCUGAUUUAGGGAGCUUUAUAAUCAAAAAGAACAGUGAAAGGGCCAUAAUUCAGUUGGGUUCUUGCCCUAGAUGUUCUUGAAUGUCUGCUUUGGCUUAGUAACAAAAUAAUUUAUUGUAAUUAAAAUAUUAGCAGAAACAAAAUGGCUUCUCUCUGUCUGGUGUAAGAUACCACAGUCCAAGCUUAUCGUCUGUGACUUUAUCCCACUUCCCAACAGGCUUUCAGAAUCCCGGGUGCGUGGUUUAAAAACACCUGUAACUCGUUUUUGUACUCAAAAAUGGUCUUUGAUCUAAGAGCAAAUUAUCCUGGGAAUGUGACACCCAGAAGGAGGACGAGGUGGCAGGGAGGGAAGGCGCAAAGUUGCGCUUCUGAGGCUAAAACUUCUAUUUUCUGCAGAGAGACAGUAGCAGAGCGUGGAGAGCAGGCAGUCCUCCAGCUUUAACUUCUGUACGGGGUGAAACACGUUCCGGGGUUGGUUCCCAAAGGACACGUCACCACCUUGUACCUUCCUUCACUCCUCUGAAGGUGCUGGCCCUGCACGGGGCGCGUUCGAAGCGGGGCAUCGCUGCGCCGGUGGCCGGGAACCCGGCAGGAGCGAGUGUCACCGAGGGAAGGUGGGGGAAGCGCCGCUCUGCUCCGCUCGGUGCCCCCCGUCAGUGAAGUGCCAGCACCGAGCUCAGGCGUGGGGUUUCCCUUCCCCGUGCUCCACGCACGCACGGCGCGCUGCGGGGUGUGUAGCUCUGCUGUAGGGCUGGUACCGUGUCCCUGCUCCUUUGGCUUGUCUCCGUGGCGAUGGGAAUGGGAAAAGCUGUAUUUAUUGUAUAUUAUUGUGAAUAUUGGGAAUGAUGAGUGUGUGGUACUUGGAAGAUAAAAUGUGAGUACGAGAGAAGAGCCUAAACAAGUGUGUAUAUUCCUGUGCUGCUGUGAGCGAGUGGGACGACGUGUGUGCAACAGUCGUAGAGGUAGUUGUUGCGUUCGGAGUCUCCGGAUCCCGUGGUCAGGAAAGGCCCGUCACCCUCCGCUGUGCUAUCGCCCUGUCCAGGGAACAGCUCCACCUGGGAAGAACAUUCCCUCUUGACUCUUGUCCCUUUCCUGGUAGAAGCACAGAUGCAGCUGAGGGAUCGCUGGGAGGAAGCGCAAACACCCGGAGUCACAGAGACCGAGGGGGGAAAACGAAGCAGGAGCUGGUUUGUUCCCAAAGAGGGGCAGGAAGGAAAAGCAAGGAAUGUCGCUGCUGCACUGACAUUUUGCUGCAGCACCGGGCUGCGCCGGCGUGUCCACGGCUCCGACACGGCUGUGAGUACAAAACUGCUGCUAAGGUCUGUCCGCUCCCGCCCGAGAGCGCAGCGGAGCGGGACGUACCUGCAUCCUGGCCCUGAAAAGUGUGCUGUAAAGUUACUUGAUACGUAUUUAUUACAGUUAAUUAUUUAUGAUUACAAAUAACAAACUUUUCGUCGAUGCCGUUUACACCUCGCCGUGUAAAUGAAGCUUCUUAUACAGGAAAAAAAUGUCACACCAGUAAAUAACCUUCAUGGACUUUGGUUUUCUUCUGGAGGAUGGUAUGAGCCCUGCAAGAGAGCGAGUUGUGGAGGGUUUUUUUUGGCUUUUUUGGCUUUUUCUUUUUUAUUUUUUCACGUUAUUAGGAAGGAAGCGCUGCAGUGCUCCAACUGCAGCUCAAAUGGCCUUUUAAUUAAAGCUCUUCUAAUCAUCAUUACUUCCUUGUGCUUUAAAUGAACUUGACAUCCUCUGUAAUAGGCUUGUUUGUCAAAGCAAAGAUUGGUUUGUGAUGAUUUUUUUUUUUUAAAUAAAUAGAUAUUCAUUCAGAAUGUAAAAAUUAUACUAAACAAUGGCAAAACUCUGGAGCUGGGUGUUAGUUCUAGCUUGGUGUGUGUCCAUCUCGGGUCCGUACACAGCAUUAACCUGUUAAGUGCUCUUGGCCAUACCGUGUACACUCGCAUAAAGGAGAUUCUUAACAUCC